AUGGAGCCCGUAGAGGAUCCCCACAAGAGUGCGCCAGUGAUUCGUGGCGGAUCAGACGUUCGGCAGCGACUUCCGCCAGUGGUUCGCCGGGCGUCUUUUCCUGACGAUCUCGUGGUCGCGGGCGAUCCUAACUUCACGUGGCGCGGCGACUCUGGCGGCGAAGCGCAUCCGCGAGCGGCGUAUUCGUCCCUCCACUCCGUCGGACCUGCUGACGACGCGCAGCUCGUACCUGCUGCGACAGCGAGCUUGAAUCUUUCCCUUGGUCCUCCACGCGCUCUUUUGCCGUCCUCGAGGCAGCGAGCUCGCGACACCUUCGUCAAGAGCCUUCCCGCCGUCGCCAUGGACGUCGCGGACGCUGCGGCGACUGCGACGGCGCAUCGCGAUGAUCAGACCGGUGACGGGAAUCUGACGGUUCGCACCUUCACGUUUCCUCUUCCCGCUGACGAAUCUGCCUCGCCGUGUCCCGGUUUUAAGCGAGGCCGAGGCCCCGACCAAGACGACGACGACGACGACGACGGCGACGACGAGGUGCAAGGGCGGGAACGACCGUCGCGGUCUUCUUCCUCACCGUCCAGUGCGGGUGUCGCGAGACUGAGCCCUGCGAAGUUCGCAGGUCAGGGAAGCGGCGGCAGCGGCAAGAACAGCGAAGGAUCCUCCCGCGGUAAGUUGUCAGGACGACGUGGCGAGCCGGCGGAUGCGGCCUUGUCGACCGAGAUCAGGCGAAUCACUAGUGGCGCUCGUCUCGCUGCUCCGUCUCCCGUGCCACAGGCUCGUGCCGACCUAGACCGCCAGAGGCUGUCCCCCGAAUCGCGCUUCCCGCAGCCUGUAAAAAACGCGCACACCACGGAAUCGCCGCCGCCACUUACCCCCGCUCUCCCGCGUCCCGUGGGCCCGCAUAUUACGCAGCGCGACCGCGUCCAUAUGAGUUUCGCACGGGGCCCCCAGGCUCCGCAAUUCCCGCAGCCGACGCCGCCACCUUUCCUGGGCGGCUCGACUGGUGUGGCCAGCUCCGCCGCCACCGCGAGCAGCGCUGCGGCGGCAGCUCCCGCCACAACUGUGGCUGCCUCCGGAGGGUGGAGUGGUCCCGACGGCUCGAGCUUGCUCAUGCACAGGCGGCUUCUGCCCGUCGCUGAUGCGGGGACGGGCUUGGGCGCACGGGGUGGCGACGAGAGGGGGCCCCAUGCCCUUGGGGCGGAGGAAGAGCAGCGCGAGGCCGCCGCGGACGCGACAGGCGGAGGGGAGCACGGGUGGCAGUGGCACACGCGGCUACGGCGUGCGCGCACGGAGGGCCGGCUGCUGGGGGAGGUGUCGUCGCACAACAGCAACACGUUCGCGGCGGGCGACGAGCGCAUGGCGGGGCCGCUGGGCUUGGCGCGCCUGGAGUGGCAGGGGCUGCUCGCCGCAGGCGCGGGCGGGAGGUUCGGUGGUGCUGAGGAGCGCAUUGCGGCCUUGCUGAGGGGCGCGGGGGGAAACGCCACGGACAGUGGCAAUGGCGGCGGGGAGACGGGGGUGAAGCGCGGAGCAACGUUUCUUACUCCGCGCACAGAGAGUAGCGGUCCUGGUUGGCAAUUAGCGCAGCAGCAGCAGCAGCUGCAACUGCAGCAGAUCAACGCAGCGGCGCUCGUUUCCGCUGCAGCUGCUGGCAUUGCAGCGUCAACCCACCAAAGGCAGACGGCGCAAGAGCUGGCGGAGGCGCAGCCAGUGGCGCAACCGAGUCCCCCUCUGCUGCCGCGGUUGCCAGCUCAGCAUCCAAGCGAGGGCGCGGUGCUGUCGCCCCACGGGGUGCCUCCUCGCCGCGUGUCCAGCUUCGACUUCUCACUUAUGAGCCACAAAGUGCCCCCACCUCUCCCCCGCGCCGCAUCGUACCGCGAACCACCCCCGGGCCCCACCGCUGCAGCAGCUGUAGCGGAGGGGAGGGCGGGCGGAGCUGGGUAUGGCAGCGGCGCCGCAGACGUGGGAGGACGGCGCGGGUCGGAAACUGUGGGUGGGGGCGGGGCGAGCGUGGGUCGAAGCGGAAGGGCUGGGGGUGGGGGUGGGUCGACGACAACAGGAGUUGCCGGGGCUGUGGCGGGUGGGGGAAGCAAGGGGCGGUUGUGGUGUGGCGAGGAGGGGUACAAGUGCAAGGACUGCGGCAUGCGCUUCACCAACGCACAGGCGCUGGGAGGCCACAUGACGGCGCACACCAAGCGACGGCGCUCCAACUUCGCAAGCUACAGCUUCAGUGACAUGGGGUCCGGCGGCAGCACCGCGUUCGCCAUGGCAGGUCCCACCUCCAUCGCGCCGCCCACUGUGCCUGCUGCAACGCCCACUGUGCCUGCUGCAACGCCCCUCGGCCUCGCUGCACCCCCUGCUGCCAUCCCGUCAGGGGCGCCCCUUACGCACGCCGCUUCUGCAGCAGCGGCUGCCUACUUAGCCAGUGCAGGCGCAGGAGCAGCGGCAACUGGGGGAACAGUGCCAUCCACGCACGCACAUGCAGCGGCAAGUGUAGCAGAGCCCGUCCUAGGGUCGCUGCUUGGGCUGGGACUGGGUGGCGCAGGUAGCAUGGGUGUGAUGCGAGGCAGUGGUAGGGACGCGGGGGGGCACAGUUUGCAGGAGCAGAGGAGUGCAGCCGCACGACAGCAGAUGGUUGGUGGGGGGAGGGCAGACCUGGGUUCGGGCAUUGGUGUGGGCAGCAGCAGAGAGAGAGUGGGCAGAGGGUUUGAGGCGAGGGGUGGUCGAGGUGAUGGCGGGGAGGAGCUGGAGUGGAGUGCGAUGGGAAUGCAGCGACAGCGAUUGGUGCAGGCAUCAGAGAGCAGCCAGCCCACAGUGCAAUUCAAAUCAGGUAAGCACCGAGGCGCAAGGGUGGAAGCUUCUGUUGUUCCGGUGUGCCAGUCUGCUUGGAAUUUCACCUUCUCCUCUCCGCCCGCCCUUCCUGCCGUCUUUCCAUCUCUCCCGUGCCCAGACCCGUCAGACAUGUCGGCGCCAGAGCUGGUCUCAGCAAGAGCAUGGUGUCAGCUGGACAGGUCCAGCGGAGGGGCAUCCACGCCCCUUGCUGCAGGCCUAUCUCCUUUCGCGCAUGCUCUAGCGGCCACAGCUGUCCCUGGUGCAGAUGGCCCCCUCUCCUCUGCUGCUGCUGCAGCUGUUGCAAACACGCACUGGGCUUCCUUCAACUCAGGCUUGCUGCAGAAGGUGGUGGAAACCAAGACACUGAUGUGGAAGACCACAACGAAAGCAAGGUUCGGAUUGACUUGA